ACAACUUUAAAGGCUGACGCCGAUUUCUUCUAUAUAUGGAAACUCUGAGAUUCAUAUUUCCUAUUUCCAGUUUUAACUGAAAAAGAGAGUGAGGAAUUAGAGCGCAUUGCUUCUUACUCAAACAACCCAAAAAGCAACAACCCCCUUGCAAUUGCAUCCUCUACAAGCCACUCCCCAUUAUAAUUCCACUUCACUCUUUUCAUACACAACAAGAAGCAGAGCAAUGGCAGAAGAAGCAGCCCUUGAGUUUGGUGAAAGAGAAGCUCAGAUUUCGGCUGCCAGAGAUGUGGGCAAACUCAGCAGCAAGCAGAAGCAAAUAUUAGCUGAAAAGGGACUCAUUUCUCAAUUGGUUUUCAUGCUUCAUACCCAGGAUUAUCAAUCUGUUGAAGCUGCUCUCUUUGCUCUCCUCAAUCUUGCCUUUGGCAGUGAAAGGAACAAACUUCGCAUAGUAAAAUCUGGGGCUAUACCACCAAUAUUAAAGAUCCUCCAAUGCCGGAACGAGUCGUUGCUCCAACUCGCACUCGCCGCCCUCUUGGUCCUCUCUUCUUGCUCUGGAAAUAAGCCUGAAAUCGCAUCUUCCGGUGCUGUUCAACUUCUUAUCCACCUUUUGGCCUCGGAGUUUCCCAUUGGCCAAAGCAUCAGCCAUCAGGCCAAGCUUGAUAUCAUAUCCACGCUACACAAUCUCUCAAGUUCCCCCCAGAUCAUCCCCUCAAUCGUUCUUUCCGGUGGCUUAAUCUCUCUAAUACAACUUAUUCACGAGUCCGAUAAAUCAUCCGACAUAGCAGAGAAGGCGAUGGCGUUGCUACAAUCAAUCAUUUCUUCCUCAGACAUUGCCUUAAAUCAGGUUUCUGAAAUGGGCGGGGCGACCAGGGUGCUGGUGGAGGCCGUAGAGGACGGGACUGGGCAGUGCAAAGAGCACGCGGUGGGAAUUCUUGAGCAGAUAUGCAGAAGCUGCGGAGAGAGAUACAGAGGGAUGAUUCUGAGAGAAGGGGCAAUGCCAGGGCUCCUCCAGCUUAGCGUUGAUGGAUCACGUCAGGCUAGAGAGAAGGCAAAAGAUUUGCUUUUACUGCUUAGAGAUUGCUCUCGCGGUGGAUCGUCGAGGGUUAAGCAGUCCAAGAGAGUUUUGUUUGAAGAGGUUAUGAGACAGAUUGAUGGAGGUGGGAGAGCUGGAACUUCUAUUCAGCUGGUAGAGGAGAUGAUUGCCAAACUUAGGACAUGAUUUUCUUUUAUUUUAGUUCUACAUCAUGGUUUAUAUUUGCCUUAAACUAUGAUAUAUAGGUUUUGGUCUUCGGU